AUGAACAUAUUUAAUGGAAAAGAAAUGACAACUAAAAAUUUAAAAAUGGAAAAAGGAAAUUUUCUUUGGUUCAAACUGUUCGUUGAAGUUCUUAUUCGUAUGAAGGAUAAUGAACGAGCUCAUCAUGAUUUAGUAAAUAUAUUGUACAUAAACUAUCCUCUAUCAGAUUUCGUUACUGACUUUGCUCAAAACUACACACCUGAUAAAGCAGUUGAAUGGCUUACACGUCAUGAUUCAUGCUUAUUAAGAGAACUAAAUAAAGCAUUACGACAACAACAUCUAGAUCACUUAUUUAUAUUUCGUUACUUGAUCAAAGAUAUUUAUGAACAACUUAAAAAAGAGCACAGUGAAGAAAUAAAGAACAGAGAAAAAACUCUCACUUUAUAUCGAUGUCAAGUCAUAUCUGAGUUUGAACAUAAACAACUUCUUGAAGCAAAUAAAGGGGAACAUAUAACCAUUAAUAGUUUUAUGUCAACAUCGGAUGAACACAAGACAGUAAUUAAUUUUCUUAAACCACAAUGUCAAGUUGGUCUCAAACGUAUUUUAUUCGAGAUUGAAGUAGAUUACAGAAUAAGAUCGAGUCCAUUUGCUCGAAUACAUGGGAAAGAACAAGAUUUCACUUUGUUUAUGCUUGGAUGUGUAUUUUGUAUUGAUUCCAUUGUACCAGAUAAUACAUUGAAUUGUUACAUACUUAAACUUAAGUUGUGUGGCGAUGAUGAUUCUGAUUUCAAAAGUAUACUUGACUAUUAUAUGACAAAAAAUUUUAUCCAACCUGAAACAGAUAUGAUUACAUUAGGUAGUUUAUUAUAUAAAAUGGGUGAAUUAGACAAAGCUCGAAAAUAUUUCGAAUUACUUCUAUCUGAGUUAAACAAAGAUCACCCUGAUAGUGCAUAUUGUCUAGAUGGUUUAGGAAAUAUUGAAAAUGCUCAAGGUAGACUGAAAGAAGCAUUAAAAUAUCAUCAACAAGCACUCAAACUACGUACAAAUUCAGAUUUGUCUCCUCAAAAUCAUUCACUUAUUGCUCUUAGUCAUAUUUAUAUUGCUAAUGAUUAUAAAGAUAUGGAAGAUUACGACAAUGCAUUGGAAAAUGUGGCAAUUGCACGAAGUCUUCUUCAACAACAGAACUCACGAGAAGAUCAAGCAAAAGUAGCUGCGUGUCAUGCUAUCAUCGGAGAUAUACGUUACGAGCAAGAAAAUUGCGAAGAAGCGCUUAGAGAAUAUCAAAUAGCAUUAGAAAUAAAUAAACAACAAGAUAUGCCAGAUGAUCACCCCGAUUUGGCGUCGAUUUAUCAGAAUAUGGGUUUGUGUCGUCUUAACUCUGGUGCUUCAAAUAAUAAUCCAUCUUUAGCACUUAAUUAUUUUAUGGAAGCACUAAAAAUACGACUGAAAGCACUGCCUGAUAAUCAUCUUAGUAUGGGUAUUACACAUCGAUCGAUAGGUUUGGCAUACGAGCAAUUAAAGGAAUAUCAAAAUGCUUUGGAAUUCUAUCAAAAAGCCAAUAUAGUUUACAAAGCAUUAAAUAAAAAUUCUAAUGAAUUACGAAAUCUAGAAGAUGAUAUAAAAAGGAUACAAGAAAACUUGUUAAAUAUAUCAUCUAAAUCAAGAGAUCAUUAUAGGACACAAAGAUUUAAUAAGAUAGCUACUGCUGACACAACAACUACAACCUCAAAAACCAAAGAGAUGCCAGUACAACAUGAUUUUAGAGAAGCUUUAAUGCAGACUAGCAAUGUACGCAUUAUUUUAUUUGGGCGUUCGAGUACAGUGAAAGAUUUAUUUGGAAAUACGUUACUCGCUCAAGAAAAUUAUUUUUUGACUCAACAAGAUUCAUCUUCCUUAACUCAUCAAGACGAAAAUUAUUGUCUCGUGGGAUUUCGAGAAUUUUAUGGAAGAAUGUUAAUGGUUGUUGACACGCCUAGUUUUGUUAUUACAAAUGAUUCUAGUUCUAUGAUAUGUAACGAAAUUAAACGUUCAAUUGAACUAACAUCGCCGGGACCACACGCAUUUUUGCUUGUACUUGAAUUUAUCUCUAGUACAUCAUAUUCAGAAGAAGAAGAUAAACAAUUCUGUGAAUUAAUUAUUAACACAUUUGGACAUAAAGCCCUUCAGUACACUAUAUUUGUAUUUACAAACUUAGAAAAACUUCAAGUAGAUGGAAUAGAAAUUGAUCGAUAUAUGAAAAAUCAUCAAAGUCCAUCAAUUACGAAAUUGAUGAAAAAAUGCAAAAAUAGAUACAUUGCAAUCAAUAAUGAAGCUCCAUUAAAUGCUAAAACUGCUAAUAUUGCUGAAUUGAUACUUAUUAUUGAUCGAAUGCUAAAAGAAAAUGGAGGAAGAGAAUAUCGUCGUUCAACAAUAUAA